UCCCAUAAAAAUUGCCACUUUUCUUUCGCAGCUUAGAGAAAAGAGUCUCUCACUCAGCUCACAAGGUCAGGCAGCGGCAGCUGCUCGUGUUUGCAAAAGCAUCAAAUCAAAUUCAAAUCACGAGAAAAAGAUCUAAAUGGUGUCGUACGUCAGUGCCUUGCUCUACGGAGUGGGCGGCAUAGUGGCGGCAGGGAUGGCGCUGCUCGUGGCCUUCCAAGAGAGGUUAGUUUAUGUGCCGGUCUUGCCCGGUCUCACCAAGUCCUACCCCAUAACUCCCGCUCGCCUCCGACUCGCUUACGAGGACGUCUGGCUCAGAUCCUCAGACGGCAUCCGCCUCCACGCUUGGUUCAUUAAGCUCUUUCCUGAAUGCCGAGGUCCAACCAUCUUGUUUUUCCAGGAGAAUGCAGGAAAUAUUGCUCACCGUCUUGAGAUGGUUCGCAUCAUGUUACAGAGGUUGCACUGCAAUGUGUUUAUGCUUUCAUACCGAGGUUAUGGAGCAAGUGAUGGAUAUCCUUCUCAACCUGGAAUCACAAAGGACUCUCAGGCUGCAUUGGAUCAUCUUUCUCAAAGGACCGACAUUGACACUUCUAGAAUAGUUGUGUUUGGGAGGUCACUUGGGGGUGCAGUUGGGGCUCUGCUAACGAAAAACAACCCUGACAAGGUUGCUGGACUGAUUCUGGAAAAUACUUUUACAUCUAUUCUGGACAUGGCUGGAGUGCUACUGCCUUUCUUAAAGUGGUUUAUUGGAAAUACUCAUUCAAAAGGUCCUAAAUUUCUUAAUUUUCUAGUACGUUCUCCAUGGAGCACCAUUGAUGUCAUAAGCGAGGUUAAGCAGCCGAUCCUUUUUCUCUCUGGAUUGCAAGAUGAAAUGGUACCCCCAUCCCAUAUGCAAAUGCUGUAUGCUAAGGCAGCUGCUCGUAACAAGGAAUGCAUCUUUGUGGAAUUUCCCUCUGGCAUGCACAUGGACACCUGGCUGGCUGGCGGUGAUCAUUAUUGGAGAACUAUUCAGCAGUUUCUUGAAAAGCAUGUUCCAGAAAAGAAGGAAAACGAGUCAUAUGACACUGACCAAGAUUUUGAGGGGAGGUGACUUCUUCAUGUAGAAUUUUUAGAUGUUAUAACUUAUAAAGUGGCUCACAGCAGGUCCUCAAAGUAUUUGUGCCUUUUGUUUUUGAAGCUGCAGCAUUUAAAAGUUCCAUGUGAAGAAUGUUUGCUGGUUGAGACCCGUCCAGCACAUUUUGGUUCUCUCUGAAAUUUUUUCUUGGUUUAGAAGCUUCAACAGAUGCCAGAAAAACGUAAAAGCCUUUGGUAUACCUUACAACCUUUUGACAUACAUCUUUGUUAGUCAAUUCUGACCUGUUCUGAUUGUACGAAUAAGAAAUAUCUGAAAUUUGAGAUAUAUAAUUGAUGUAAUGGACUGCUUGUAUCUUAGUAGACAAUUAGGCCUCAAAGUUGUCCCAAUUUAUUGGAUAUUGUUUCACCAUUAACUAGAGACUUGGAGAA